AUGUCCGUAUCUGAGUAUACGGAUAAAUUUGAGGAGUUAUUCAGGUUUUCUCGCAUGUGUCAAGGAACCCGGGCUGUUGAGGCGAAGAAUGACCAUCGGGAGUUCCACCGCAAGGAGCACAAUCAAGAGUGCCCAACAAGGGGUCAAGAGUUUAAGAGAAGAGGAUACCCACAACGUUUUCCCCAAAGGCGAAAUGACCUUGCGACGAAUAAAAAUUCCCAAGGAAAAGGAAGGGAAAAACAAAUAGUGGCUGCUUCGGAUGUUUUGAGCUGUCAGAGAUGUGGAGGUCAUCAUCCAAAUAGACCGUGUCGUUAUGGUUCGGGUUUGUGUUACAAUUGCGGAAAGCUAGGACAUUUGGUCAGAGAUUGCCCACACAGGAAGGAUCGGGAGACUGCCAGGUCCGAUUCUCGUACCUGA